AUGGCAGGCUGGAAUAACACACAAGUAAAGGAAUUUAUUCUUCAAGGACUUACUGAUAAUCCAAAACUCCAGAUUAUUCUGUUUGUUCUUUUCUUUAUUUUUUAUAUUGUUACUCUUCUAGGUAACAUUGGUAUCAUAGUUGCCAUAAGGGCAGACUCUCAUCUUCACACACCCAUGUAUUUUUUUCUUAACAAUUUGUCCUUCUUAGACCUUUGCUAUUCAACUGUCAUAACCCCCAAAACACUGGCAACCUUUUUAUCCAAGACAAAAGCCAUCAGUUAUCAUGAGUGUGCAUUACAGAUGUAUUUUUUUGCUGCUUCAGUAACAACUGAGUGUUUCUUACUGGGAAUAAUGGCCUACGACCGGUAUGUUGCCAUUUGUAAUCCAUUACUGUACUCUGUUGCUAUGAGUAAGCAGCUUUGCAUACGUUUAGUGGCAGGAGCUUAUACUCUGGGUUACAUGAAUGCAACUCUUCAUACAAUUACUACCUUUCGACUUCCAUUUUGUAAAACCAACAAGAUUGAUCAUUUCUACUGUGAUGUGCCACCACUCAUAAAGCUCUCUUGUACAGAUACCACAAUGAAUGAAAUUCUUAUGUUUAUAUUUGGUGGAUUUGCCGAAACAAGCUCACUUACAACUAUUAUAGUGUCCUACAGCUACAUUAUAUCAACUGUACUUAAGAUUCGCUCAGUAGAUGGCAGGAAGAAAGCUUUUUCAACAUGUGGAUCACAUCUGGCUGCUGUCACUAUAUUCUAUAGCACCAUACUUUUUAUGUACUUGCGACCUGCCUCUACAUACGCAAUGAGCCAGGAUCGAGUUGCUUCUGUAUUCUACACUGUGAUUAUCCCAAUGUUGAACCCACUUAUCUACAGCUUGAGGAACAAUGAAGUGGCACAAGCACUCAAGAAGAUUAAAACAAAAUACUGUUGCAAAUAA